UCCGCUCUUCCUUUCCAAUUCCCGGCCACCGCCCUGGAGGGAUCCGCCGCCGCUCCCCGGCUCCGGCGGCGGAUCCCCGACCCGGAUUGCAUCAGCUUCCAGCCGCCCCGGCUCCACCUUUCCCGCCGCCCCCCUCCAGCCCCUCAUUCCUCUCGGGGCGCUCUCGGCCCCGUCCCGGCCCCCUUCGUCCCUCCGAGGGCUCUCCUAACGCGACCGGGGUUCCCCGAGGUGGGGAGAGGCUGCUGGGCUGCAGUCCGGGCUCCCGGACCCCUCCUCACUCUCCGAACCCAGGGACGGGGAGGGACCGGCCGUCGGUGAGGGGCAGGCACCGUCUCCGUGACUUUCACCCCUGGGCUGCUGAAUCACGGGGCGGCCACUUCUCACCCGCCUGCGCUGCGUGGCCGCGACCCUUCGGUCCCGGAGCCUGGGAACACCCGACCCUUGCCCCGGGACACGCGGUGCUCUCCCCGGGCGGUGGGGCGGCACCUCCGCACGGGUCCCGGCGGGUGACUUCGACACGGUGUCACUCGGUGGGGCUUUCCCUUCAGGCUCGGCCGGAUCUCGCUUAUGUUUCCUCCCCGCGGGGGCUUGGCUUCACAGCAGGCGGCUGGGGCAUUUUGGGUCCCCUGGGCAGAGCAGCAUCCCAGUCGUCUCGUGAUGGGUUGAAGGCAGGCAGGAGCAGGGCUGGAGUGAGGAAAGGAUGGCUGCAGACGGGCUCUCCAGCAAGGCUUUGAAGCAGGUGAAGCGGGAGCUGGGGGAGAACACUCCACUGCUGUCAGAUGAGGAACUGAUGGGGCUGUCAGUGCGGGAACUCAACCACCACCUGCGGGGCCUCUCCAAGGAGGAGGUGGCGAGGCUGAAGCAGCGUCGUCGGACGCUGAAGAACCGGGGUUAUGCUGCCAGCUGCCGGGUGAAGCGCGUCUGCCAGAAGGAAGAGCUGCAGAAGCAGAAGAUGGAGCUGGAGUGGGAGGUGGACAAGCUGGCCCGGGAGAACGCUGCCAUGCGCCUGGAGCUCGACACCCUCCGUGGCAAGUACGAGGCCCUGCAGGGCUUUGCCCGCACCGUGGCCACUCACGGGCCCCCCGCCAAGGUGGCUACUGCCAGUGUCAUCACCAUCGUCAAGUCCGGCACCAACCAGGCCGCCUACUCCUAGUGCUGGCCUCUGUCCCCCGGCUGGACACAGUCCUUCCCGGGGUGCCUUCCCCAUGAAUUUCCUCCCAGCCCUUCCCCAACCUCCUCCCUGUCAAAACCUAUGCCCAAAAUCCUCUUUCUCCCAUCCCUUGCCCUCCAGCUCCCCCAGGUAGGGAGGGCUGCUGCUAUGUGGGUGCUGAGGUGGAGGACAGGACCUGACUAGUGGCCCCCUUAGUCCCCUUCCCUCUUGAGUGUGCAAACAGGAGAGAGCAAACCCACACAGGCAGCAGUGGGGAAGCAUCCCACAGCUCCAAGCUGGUAGGAAAAUGCCAGGUGCCUCUUUUUCCUAAGAGGGCAUGGGAGAGCUAAAUGUGGGCCAGGUGGUCCCAGGAGCAUGUGCGAGAGAUGGAAAAGAGGAGAGAGAGGUUUUGCAGUGUAGGGGAAGAGGGCAUGAUAGAAGGGUAUCAAUAUUGGGCAGACAACCUGAACCACAGCUGGAGCAGCAGGGGAGGUGGCAGCACGUCUGAAAUCUCUGUGGAUGCAGAUGGCAAGAGAAGGUUAGCAGGUUAGAGGGGGAGAUAGAGUGGGCUGCAUGUUAAUGCCUGGUAAGGGUGAAUGGAAUGGGAAAGCACUGUGGCAGCUUGUGGUGCUGGGGGACCCCAGAAGUGACAGUGAUUGGGCAGGGGGGAGCUGGGAGGUGUGAGUGGGUCAGCCCAGGCCGUUGUCCCCAAAGGGGAGAAGCAGUGGUGCUGUUUUAUCUAUCUCUACCAUGCACAUCCUUCACGCCUCUUCCUGCUGACGGGACUCAGCCUGGCUGGGUGUCUGAAAUGCAGCAGCACUGGCAGGAAGGAAGCAGAGGCAGCUGGAGCGGAGAUAAACAUUGUUUCACUCAGCACAGGCCAGCUUCUACGGCUCCACCAAGUCCUUCCCACUGUCCCACUGCCUACGAAGCCCAUGGAAAGGUGCUCCCGGUCCUCAGAGGCAGAGAUGUGGAGGCAGAGGGGUGGAGGUGCAAGAGGUGGGAAAGUAAGGGCAGAGAGCAUCCCUGCUCCUGGGAGCUGCCUGGCAGGCAGGUAGGCUCCUCCCUUUGGUUUUCCUCCAGCUUGGACACCGCUGUGGGAUAGCUGGCUCUUGAGCAGGCUGGAGAAGAGCUGGGUUCACUAAAUACAGGCAGCACAGGGGAGGGAGCAGGAGGCAGGUCCAUCUUGGGAUCUGCUGCUGUAGAUGAUUCCCCUGUCCCUCCGUUCUGCCCCUGCCUGGGUAUUGCCACGCCAGCCGCCCUCGGCUGCAGCCUCCGUUCUUCCCUGUAGAGAGGUGCCUGCCACUCCUGGCUGGGGCACUGUGGUUGGCAUCCCCCACCCCAACUCCUCUUGGGUUUAUUUAUUGCACGAACAUAAGUUAUUUUCACGUCCUCUUUGCCAUUCCGCCUCUCGGCACAGCCAGGAUGUUGGUACAGAGCCGUACUUUAUAUUUUAUAUAUGCAAAUCACAUUUUAUCUUAUACUUAUAUAGAGCAAAAAAAAAACUUAUUUAUUUUCUGACUUACAGUAUGUGUCCUACCUGACUGCUCUGUAUUUUGUAGACUUUACAAAUAAAGCAAGUUCUUUUUUUUUUU